AUGUCGUUGAUGUUGACAGCAUUCUUCGAUAUAUCAAAAUGGAAGAUGAUAGCAGUGUCGUUGAAGCACGUAAAUAUUGCAGGUGACAGGGAGUCCCAUGCUUGCUACGCGUAGACAGUAGUCGGUCAUUUUUUUGUGGGACAAAAGCUAAGAAUGCUUCCCGAAUCCCGCGUUGCUAUUUUUGAAGCUCGUUUUGACGAUUUUAGCAAUUCCGUGUUUAUAAGUCCAUGCAGUUGCUAGGUACUAAAUUUUGGAAUUCUUUGGCAACAAGGAAUCUUAUACCAUGUCUUUAAUAUCACUGUAAUAAUUAAUUAACAGAAUGCACUAAAUAUGAUGGAAAGAUGGAAAUUAUUAAGACUCUGCCGGGAAACUGGUCGGUGCUGAAAGUUCAAUAAUACCUCAUUAUCAUCUCAUCAUACCUCAGCAAUACCUCAUGUUCGAAAAGUUAAUAGAAUUGCCAUAAUAUAUGUAAUAUAGUUAAAGUUUGCGAGUUCACGGCAACCAGGUUUAAUAUCAGUCAUGUUUUCGCCCGCCACUCCGAUUUUUAAAUAAAUUUUACAUUCACAUUCGUGUCAACAUUUCAGUUUAGUGUCUUUAUCACUCAUCAGGAGUGACCUGAAGUCGCAACACGGAGCUUCUUACAGUAUACACUUGAGAGAUGACGUCAUCUGCCAACAAGGUGCAGAUCAUCUCUAUUCAAAGCACGAUUUUACUUUGACCCUAUCCUUGGCCAUUUUCCACAAUGGUAUUCACCUUGGGAAAGUGUAGGACUUUUGAGGACAAGGUUUGGGAGCAGGGGCAACGAUGCUAAGCAACCUGCUGCCAGAUAUUCACAGUGUUUCCGAUACAAAGAUUCGAUAUAUCCCUGUGUCCCAUUUCUGGUAGCAAUGAUAGCCUCAAAGACAUGAAAUGUGUCUCAUUUCCAAACUUGGCACGGUCCAUCCCAUGGUAUUAUUGAGCGUUUUCCCCAUGCUUAAUUUCAUCCGCUAUGCCUGACUUCAACAGCAGUGUGCCUUAUAUUUAUUUGUCCUCAUACAUUCCAUGUAUAUUCCUUUAUUAUGAUUUUGCAGUGUGAUUUACAUUUUUGUUUACAUGCACGUCCAUCUGAUUUUGUUUACACAGCCUCUCGUAACAUUUUCCUAAAAUGAAUAACCUGUUAAACUUACUGACUUCUCCCCUCCGCCUAAAAUAUGAAUUACUGUGUCGUAAAAAAGCUGGUAUGAGUUUAAUUAUUUAUGAAAUUUGAGGCGUAAAAUGUUUGCAGUGGUUAAUUUUCAGUCCCAAUGAAAUUGUCAAAUAUAUUUUUGUGUAGCCAUUAUCAAAUCACCUGAAUACAGAGAAAGAACUGAUGAAACAUAUCGAGCACAGGUGAUAUGAUUAUACAUAGUAUACUGUAGUUAUGUCCAAUCGUAAUGUUGUGCUUGCAUGUUUGAGCACUCCAUGGCAUUUUAGGCAUGUCUGGAUACGCAGAUGUCAUUCUGUUGUACCGCGUGCUUUAGGGACGUUCAGAUUUUGACUUCCAUUACCGUUGCCGCUACCAUUAACCAAUCAGGUGCGUUUAAUCUACCGGAUUUAAUCUACCCAAUGAAAUGCGUUUAGUCUACCCGAUUAACCAAUGAGAGUAUUAAACCAGUGAGAGGUAGUGGUAGUGGAAGUCAAAUUUGAACCUCUAUUAAUUGGUGAAACCAAUUUCCAGAUAGGACUAAUAAGCUGUUGAAUGAGGGUGAGCAAUGGCGGCACUAACCUGAGAUCAGGCUCUAUUUACAAAUAUAGCCUCACACAAACCUUAAUCCAAUAUAGCUUUCCACCCACAGCAAAGUUUAUACUUAGUAUCCAAUCAAAAUGUCGCAGGAGAAAUUUAAAUUCCACACAACGACAACAACAAUCUAAUUAUAGUUGUGAUCACUAUGUAUCAUCAACAAUAGUAUAUAAUCUAAUCAGCACCAACCAAUCAAGUAACAGAUUAAAAAAUAUUUGACUCAUAGACAAAUCACAUUUACAACCGAAAUACGGUUGUAAGGCAUGCAUGGACUUUUAUUAAGUUUUGUAUCAGGCCUAUUUAUUUAUUUACAGGCCUGAUCACAGGUUAUGGCUGCACGUAAUGACAGUACCAUAUACGUAACAUGUCCUUACAGGGUACAAUCGUUUCUUGAUCUUGAAAAAGGCACAUAACAAAAGACCCGUGCAUGCAAAUGUGUAUUAUUUAGGCAGGCAUACUUGAUUGAACGCCUUUCCGAGGCCUGUGGAAUGAUGAAAUUUAGUGGAAAGAGAUCCCCCAUCUGCUGGUUCCAAGUUUCAUUGUUUUGAACAAUGUUUGCAGCAGACAUGUGUCAUUGACUCUUGUUGUAGUACUGUUUGUGCGCGAAAAAAGUGCCUAGAAGCACCUUUGUUUUGGUUUCGGCAAGGCUAAGGAAUUGUUUACGGUAUACGGUAUACGAGUUAACAAAAAAAAAACCCAGCUAGAUACAUAGAUACAAAUUAAGGUUUUCAGGAAAAUAGUAAUUCAAUUGAAUUGUAUUUUGUCACUUGUGUAUACAAGGUUUUUACUAGUAUGGUUACUUCAUGGGAUGGUAAAUCAUAGACGGAUUUUCAUAUUUUUUACUGGGGUGGUGCCAGAAAUUUUAGGGCGGUGAGCCGUGAGCAGGUGACUGAAGCAACACAAAGUGUCACCAAACCCCAGUAAGGUCUAUAUUCUAGGGGUGGAGCACUAGAGCCGCGGGGGGGGGGGAGUCUAGAGAGCAGAAAACAAAGUAUCUCUGGAAAAAUUGGGAAAAAAUCAUGAUUUCUAGCUUCGAAAAAAAGUUUUUUGAAGUUGUCAUAUCAAUAGAUUUGGCAUGUCCGAUUGUCUGUUGAGAUUUGAGAGAGUUAAGUUAAAGUUAAAUGAACCUGUAAAAGUGUAAACCCAAUAGGCCAAUACACAAUAUGCUUUUACUUUUAUAAAGUCAUUGACAUUGUGUCGUUUGAAUCCGAGUACAAUUUAUGAUGCAACUCCGAUGUAAAUAAUAUUUGGGGCAUAAAGAUUAAAUCUAGGCAAGUCUAUUUCCUAAAAGAAUUAAAAACUAAAAAUAAUGUUCGUAAAAAUUCCAAACGUUCCUUGCAAGCAAGCUAUUUGCAUGACAAGGCACUGCAAACUCUAUCAGGGGAGAUAAUAGAGUUUUAAAAUUUUACAAUUGCUCCAAUAAACCAGUGAAUGCAAGCGAGGAGCGAUUAGUUUCAGAGUAUUGCACUGUCUUUUUCUAUUUGAGUGUACUCCUACGUUUAUUUUGUAUCAUCAACACUCUGCACGUUCGGCGGGGUGGGGGUGUUGAAAAUUUUUUUGGAGGGGUGGACAUUUUGUUUGGGGGUUAUAGCUAAUAUUGGGGGGUAGCACCCCCUGCAUCUCCCCACAAAAUCCGUCUAUGUGGUAAAUUACAUGCAUACUGUACAUAGAAAAGUUGUAGCUAGGUUAACCAGGCGCCUGCAUGUUUUCAUUCAUGUAUGAAGCGCGGCCCAGUUCUUGUGACUACAAUGUUCUAUUGUGAUCCUUAUUUUGAUAAUAUUGUCUGUGUGUACCGUAGACACUUAGAUUUAUUAGUUCCAAUUUUUUGUGAUAAUCGUCAUAGUGCAUUGACUCAAAUGAAACGAUUAUCGUUCUGCGAGUAUAUUAUGAUCUUUAUUAUUUCUUGUGUAGCAUGUCCCUUUUGAGGUCAUUUCAUCUGAAAGUGAAGAUGAAAUUCUUGAAAGUACUAGAAAGAAACAUACACCUCCAGCAAGUGUUCCAAGUGAUUCAGAUUUCUCCCCCGAUGGAAAUGUUACUUAUCAGAUAUCUGCGAUAGUUGCACUUAAUAAUUCAGCAAAUGAAUGUGAACUGUUUCUGAAACCUGUCUCCAACAAGUCGCUUACCACCAUUGAAAAUGCUCAAGGUAGCCCUGUCACACAAUCGUCAACAAGUCCUAAGCAACCUGAUUCGGUACUUGACAAAACGAAUAAUAGUGAUGACUAUACUUUGACUGAACUUCAGCCAGUUGAAAAUAAUCGCCAGUUUCCACAGGACGCUUUUCAAAGCACUUUGGAUACUGCUGAUCAGAAUGCGAAUAUAGAACCAGCCGCGCUCACCGAAACUGGGAUGCCUGAUGACGAGGAAGAAGUUUUGCUAAAUGAUGAGGAAGAAGUUUUGCUAAGUGAUGAGGAAGAUAGUGAAGAAUUGAGUGAACAGCAGCGAUGUCUGAAACUGAAUAGAAAAUAUCAGGUACAGUAUAUGUGACGUGUAUCUAUAUAUACAUAUAUAACGCUACAAUCAUGUGGUUGGGGGAGCAUUCCUCCGACAACUGGCACACCUGAACCAGGUUUUAGAUGCAAAUGGUUUACAUUUAAAAUAUACCUCGCAAUCGAAAUAUUUCACGUCGAUAGCUACAGUCAUCGCGCCCAACAAUGUGUAGAUAUAUUUGGUCUCGCUUUGUUUAAGAUUUUUGAAAUUUAACUCCCAUUUUAGUGCAAAGGAUAUACUAUAAAGAUGAAGGAAAAUUCACAUUAGUAACUCCUGUACAUAUACUGUAUAUAAAAUUAGGUAAACAAUGAUCAAUUACAGGUGUACCGAUUUAUUUUUGCAACUAGACCUUUAUCGCGCUAUUUGAGUUGAUAUAAAAUUUGACCCGCGAUCAGGCUAGAGUUUGAGAGAAUUGAACUAACAUAUAUUAAUAUAAUUAUAGUUUAAAGCUCAGAUCAAACGAUGUUGACAGUGCAUGAGAGUUGGCUGUUACGCCACCUUAGUAGGCUGUUCCUAAAUUAAUGCUUUCCUAACACUAUCAUCCACAGAAUACCUUAUUUAAAUUACUUAGUUGGAAUACGCAUCAGAACUUUAUUUUGUUAAUCUAGAGCUUGAAAUGUCCCCUGUAACAAUUCGUGACCAACUCUAAUUAACUCUCAUUCUCGUUUAACAGGAGCUAACUUUAUUGAGAUAUUACUGAAAUGUAUAAUUUAUACAAAUAUGGCUGCCAGUAUAUAGAUCAUAGCACCGUGGACUUACAUAAUGCAAGCGCAUUUUGUUCCUUUCUUAUUUAAUUCUUAAAAUGUCAAUUAAAUUUGGUAUUCUAAAAUAAUUUCUAAUCUUACGAGACUAACGCCUGUAUUCUAAAAGCUCAUUCACACUCAAAGAGUAGAGGUUCAGUCUGAGCUUCCCUUUGGUGUCAAUUAUGCUGUUUUUGAAUAGCUGGAGGGUUAGUGUCGUACCUUACUAUGUGACUAUACUCACCCUCCAGCUAUUCAAAAACAGCAUUGACAGUCAAGGGAAGCUCCAAUUGAACCUCCAUGACUCUUUGAGUGUGAGUGAGCUUUUAGAAUACAGGCGUAUAAAUCUACAAUAUUACCUAAACUAAAGGACAAUUGAGUCUUUGUGGUGGUUUAACUAGUAUUCCGGAUCGUGUGCGAUAAAUGAGAAUUUCCUUUACCUGACACUUCCAAAUCUUAUCUUUUCGACGUGUUGAUUCGAAAUCGUUGUGUUGCUACCUCCAUUUGGUUUUUGUCUUGCUUGAUCCUGAGAAGGAAGAUUUUUACAAACACCGUCUACUUUCUUUCAUUUUGAGCUUCAUCAGGGCACAUUACGUCAACUGGAUUUCCUUAACCACGGUCUUUCUUAAAUAAACUCCUGCAUGUACGUAUAUCCAUUUAAUCAUUCGGCAGAAUCCUUAAGUAGUCGUGCCGGUAUAUUUGAUCAAGGCCAACAACCUUACUAGAUUUAAGCUUCUCCACGCAGCUGAGCAUACGUGAAACGUUCCUUUACCAUAUAUUCUUUGGCUUUUUUGUGACUUUGUUAUAGGAAUAAUGAACGGCGGCCAAACUUUUAACAAAAUCUAUAUACUGUUUCAAUAAAAUGAUAAUUAAACUUAUACGGGCUAUAUUUCUUGUUCGUCUGAGGUCAGAGCUUGACAGUUUUCCAAAAAUUAUUGGGAUUAUCACUAUUCUCGUCAAUAAGCUCUUUGUUAUAUUUACUUUUAAAAUAACGGAUAAGAUUGGUGACGCGAUUACGUGACCGUCUAUUAAUCAUCCAAUCCUCAUUACUAUAUUAGUACGUCUUGCUUGAAAAGAGAGUCACGUUGAUGAAUUGGGGUUUUUAUUUCUCGAUUCUGCUCUACACUCUACAGACAAUCAUUCCAGCUUCCAUAUCGGUAUUCCCAUGCAGUGGAGUCAUUAGAGAGUUUAAGUUCGACUUCCAAUACCAAUACCGAUACCAAUGUUUUCACUUCCGUUUUCAUUUUGGUACCGGGAAUUUUAAAGCGUUAAGUUAUCACGACAGAUAAUUAAAGUAUAGAACACAUUAAUCGUUACCGAAAAUGUGCGGUAUACUAAACUGCAACUGAACUAAAAUUCCGACUAAAACAUUACUCUUGCGAUGCUAAUAAACAAAAAAAUAUCGUAAAAAUUAUGAAAUAUCCGAUUUAUAUGAAUUUAUCUUACAAUUCCCACGACUUCCAAUACAAGGCCGACUUCGGUAGUGGUGACUUCCAAUACACUUGUCCUCGUGCUUCUUGCAAGCAGAGAGCAUGCGCGUGACAUGUUGUUAGAAUAGGUAUUGGUAUCGGAAGUCGAACUUAAACUCUCUAUUGUGUUUCAUAACGGCUCCCAAUUAACAUUAUUAAGUUCUGUACACAAGUGUUCUUGAUUAUAAUUUGCAUGCAUAGUUUCUAAAUGUUUUUGUUUGGUCCGGAAAACGCAUUCAAUUUAGGCCUGUUUUAUACGUCGAAUUUCGGUUACGUCGAAUGCAAUUCAAACAAUAUAGCUAUCAUCUCAUUAUCUAUUGUCUUAAUUGCAUUCGACGCGACCAAAAUUCGACGUAUUAAACGGGAAAAUGAAGCUCAUUAGAAUAACAAUAUAACUCGUUAGUAUAAAUUUUGCAUAUCCAUUGAGCUUUCGCGCGUUCUGAUUGGCUAGUUGACUGGUAAAUCUGACGCAUUAUUUACCAGCGGAUUAGUAAAUAAUGCUUUUCAAAAAGAACGAUCGGCAAAUUUGGUUUCAAAAUUGAUGAAAUAUUGGAAACAAUUGUCCCCAGAAAGCAAAAAAUGUUGUAUUUAACUUGAAAGAUAGGAUUCCUUUAUUUCUUUUACUGUGUCAAACAUAUUCACGGACAAUUCCAAAACAUUCACUUCAAACAAAUCGCAAAAAUUAUCCCGACUGUUAGGAAAAGUACAUUACACACGUGACGGUGAAGGACCAUAUUUAUGAAUAAACGUUGACUAACAUACAUGAGUUAUAGUGUUAUUCUAAUGAGUUUCACAGCCAUCUUCCCUUCAAUGGGCUAUGAUUUAGUUUACGUGCACAAAAGUGAUUUCAUGAGGUAUACUUAUGUCCUGAGGACUAGAUCGAUGAAGACUAUUUGUUGCAAUUAGAUUGUUUCUCCUAAACUUUCCCAGCUAAUUGUUAUGCCUAUAUUGUUAUGAAAUUGCAUACUGAAGGUCCAUCACCAUAUUACAUACUUAAGGAGCCCACCACCUUAAAAAACUGCUCGAAAAAUACUAUCACUAUAUUCACGAUCCAUUAACAUCAAACGUAUAUAAUUGUGUUGUAAUGAAAGUUUUCGCUUUUAGGCAAUCAUUGAAGUACAAAUGAGGAAAAUCGAGAAAUUAAUUAUUGAAAACAGAGAACAACAAGUAAAGUAAAAUUAUUUUAUUUCGUCUGGCUAGUUUAUGCAUCUUAAAACCCAAAGGUCUAUGUUUAAACCCCCUCCUUUACGGGACAGAAAAGGGGUCUUGGAUGAUAUGGGAUAUAAUUACUAGUGAGUAGUGUAAUAAUAGACAUAAAAAUAUUCCUCGAUUGUGAUUGGUUGCUUUCAGUGUUAUUAACAGCAGUGCAAAAUUCUGUAACAACAAUGCAAAAAUAUGUAACAAACGGAUCUGACUUGUGAAAAAAACAAUGUGAUCUAAAAUGAACCAAUCAGCUGAAAGCAGUCGUCAAAUAACGGUCACAGAUUGCUUCAUAAGUGAAAGUUGAGUUCGGGUGGAAAAUAUGGCAUUUAAUUUUAUCUAUUUUUAAAAUGAAAAGACAUUACCUCAAACAAAACGUAUAUUCGGGAAAUUUUCAAUGUGAUAUAAUGUGAUAUAACGAUGCAGGGAAACUUUGUCAGUUUCUCAGUGGACGUUUCGCUAUAAACGUAAGCUAAAACUACACUUGUCUCGAACAUUUUUAUGUAUGUUAUUAUUACGUAAUAGAAUGGUUUAUGGUGAAAUUUGCAUCAAAAUAGCAGAAGUCCGAAGGACGAGUGCUUAUUGAGGUCUUUGAAAAACUCGCUCGUGCAUGCUUUAUCCAAAUUGCACUCGAAACCAUCCUAUUACCCAUAGAGCGUUUGCACUCAUUCCCCAGGGACCAACUCAACAAAAGUCAUGGCGGCCAUGUUGGUAAUCCAGACAAAAGAGUCUAAUUAAAAUUAUUUUGAAUUGAACACGAACAUGGCGGCUGUGACGUCAUGUGCAAACGCUCUAUACUAACUUGUAAUUGUUACAGUAGGUAGUGUAGUACUUUUAAUGUGAUUUAUUUUAUCCUUAAAUCAAACUUGCUUUACUAUACACAAGCUUUUAAUUAAUUUUAUGGAUGCAAUUUUGACCGGGGGAUGUAAACUGCUUAUAUUUGUGAAUGACUUUAUAUUUUUUUGAAUACUUGCAGUUUCGCUUGAGUCAGACGUCUUCUUCCUCACUAGCUAACGAGGAAGAAAACGAACAUAGACAACUUGCUGCUUACAUCAAUCCAUACUUUAGGGUGACACGCAAAGAG